AUAUUCGUACGUGCCUCGUAUUGCCUGCCCACCAUUUCCUUAGGCUUAAACCUCCCUCCUCAAUCUCCAUCUCCACUGACCCCCUGCCAACCCCUCAUCGUCCAUUGCUGCUAAAGCUUGCCAUCCCGUUUCAUAAUUGUAACUUGUAAGUAAUUAAUUCAUAAUCCAUCAAUUCCGUUGAUACCACUCUGGUAUUCCUUCUGUAUUUUUACUGUACGCUUUCAACGCUCACAAGAAUUCCUUCUAUUUUUGCGCCAUCCUUUUCUCACAUCUGCUUUUGGUAGUCGAUUAUGUACUGCUAAAAAAGUUUCCCUUUUCCUGGGGAAAAUUUUCCCCCUGCAGUCUAGUCUGGUACUAAUGAUGAAGUCUUUCUUUACUGUCUCUCCCAUAUCGCCCGGUUGAUACUUGAUCCUACUUUAGUAGUACCAGCAGUAGUAAGUAGUAUUAAUUGUGCCACUUUGCUCUAAUCAGCAACUUUAAAGAGACGAGAUCUUUUUUAAUUAUCCAUCCAUGUGAUUGUUCUGUUGUUUUCAACCAACUUUGUCUCCAUUGUAAUGGGCUAUUACUACUGCAGGUAGUCCACCCGUUCCCAAGAUGAAGAUAGUACUACUACCUUUUCGGUUGCAGUGUGUUUACGGUGAACUGUAGUAGUUGCGUAAGCUUUUACAGGCGUCAUGCUUUCUUCUCCUUUAGAGCAAGCAAGCAUGCUUCUUCCCUUUUGACCUUUUUUUUUUCCUCUCUGAACCCUCGUUCUGGCCAUCCCCUGCUUCCUUGCUGUUUCUGUCUACUUUCCGAAUUCUCCCAGUCGUAAUAUUUUCCUUUCCGUUUUCAAGAUUAUUUCUUCUAUUCAUAGACCUUUUGUAUCUAUUCUGUUGGUUAAUUAAUCAUCGUUAUCUCUUCGAUGGGGAAUCCCUGCAUGUAAAAGAGUUACUUAGUUCCAAAAGGUUAAUCUUUUUCUUUGAAGGAUAUUCCUUAGAGGAUCAGGCCCGUCGGGGCUUUUGUAGUUGAAAGUAAGAGAUCUUUUCUGAUCGGUCCUUUUUUUUUUUUUUUCUGGGUUUGGAUUUCCCAAGUCUUGCUUGCGCUCUAUUUUUGUUGGAAAAUUGAAGUUUUGCGAGAGUAUUUUUCUCUUAUCAUUCAUAAUGCCUCCAACUUACCUACCGCUCCGGUGGGAGAGCACGGGGGACCAAUGGUGGUAUGCUUCUCCAAUUGAUUGGGCAGCGGCCAAUGGACAUUAUGACUUGGUCCGAGAGCUUCUUCGUCUUGAUGGCAAUCACCUUAUCACCCUUACUUCCCUUAGAAGAAUUCGCCGUCUUGAGACCGUGUGGGAUGACGAAAAGCAGUUUGAUGAUGUUGCCAGGUGCCGCUCCCUGGUUGCAAAGAAGCUGCUUGUUGAGUGUGAGAGCAAGAAAGGUAAAAAUUCCCUCGUCCGAGCUGGAUAUGGUGGAUGGCUUCUCUACACUGCUUCCUCAGCUGGUGACUUGGGAUUUGUCCGAGAGUUGCUUGACAGAGACCCCCUUUUAGUCUUUGGAGAAGGGGAAUAUGGUGUCACGGAUAUACUGUAUGCUGCUGCCAGGAGCAAGAAUUCCGAUGUUUUCAGGGUUCUUUUUGACUUUGCUGUCUCCCCAAGGUUUCCUUCUAGUAAUGGCAGAGAGUUGGAGGAACCAAUUGCGGAGAUCCCUGCUGCUUAUAAGUUUGAGAUGCUGAAUAGAGCUAUUCACGCUGCUGCUAGAGGAGGGAACUUGACUGUAUUGAAGGAGCUUCUUGGUGAUUGCUCAGAUGUAUUAUCUUACAGAGAUAUUCAAGGUGCCACAAUCCUGCACGCUGCUGCUGGUAGAGGACAGGUUGAGGUAGUCAAAGAUCUUAUUGCUUCCUUUGAUGUAAUCAAUUCUGUGGACAAUCAGGGGAACACAGCAUUGCAUGUGGCUGCUUCCAGGGGCCAACUUGCUGUUGUGGAAUCUUUAAUUCUUGCUACACCCUCCUCCAUCUAUUCCAAAAAUAAUGCUGGAGAAACUUUUCUGCAUGUUGCUGUUACUGGUUUCCAAACUCCAGGUUUUCGCAGAUUGGAUCGGCAGAUUGAGCUUAUGAAGCAACUUGUAUGUGGAAGGAUAUUUGACAUUGAAGAGAUCAUCAAUGCUAAAAAUAAUGAUGGGAGAACUGCUCUUCAUCUUGCUAUCAUUGGAAACAUUCAUUCUGAUCUAGUGGAAUUACUUAUGACUGCUCGCUUUAUCAAUGUCAAUAUUCGUGAUAUGGAAGGAAUGACCCCUCUUGAUAUUCUGAGGCAACGGCCACAUUCUGUGUCUUCUGAUAUACUGGCCAAACAGUUGAUAUCAGCAGGUGGAAUCUUCAGUUGUCAGGACUACUCAACAAGAAAAGCAAUUGCAUCCCAUUUAAGAAUGCGAAGUAUUGGAGGUAGUCCUGGAACUUCCUUCAGGACCUCUGACAUGGAAAUAUUCCUUUAUACCGGCAUUGAGAAUAUUUCAGAUGCAGGUGGUAGUGUAGGCCUGAGCCCUUGUUCGACCGAGACAAACCACCAUGACUCGAGUCUGGAGACCUCUAGCACAACAAAAAGAAAGAAACUACACACUGUAAGCUAUGCAGCACGAAGGCUAAAACAGCUGCUUCACUGGCCUAAGAUGAAAGACAAAAGGGCAGAUCGAUGCAAAAAAUCAGUGGGUGAACAUUCUAUAUGCCCCUCAGAAGGACCUCCAAUUCCUCUGCGGCAGAGGUUCUCCAGGCCUUCAUCACUUCCGAACAACAAGCGAACUCUUUCGGUAAGGAGUAACCUUCCAAGUCCAUCAGCAAAGAAGAAACUCGCUUCUGGUCUAGUGCAUGGUGUGAUGCAGGGAAUUCCCAGUGUCAAUGUAUCUCGUCGAUCACGGUCAAGUUCAUUUUCGAAAUCGUCAUUCUCCUCGCAUAGCUCUUUGGAUAAACAAAAAGGUAUACAAAUUGAGAAUGAUAUAGCAGGAGCUUCUUGCUCCAGACUGAUCGGUGAUGGUGAUGGAUCACCAAGUGCAGUUCCCAAACUAGGGCCAAUCAAUAAGAAGUUGAUGAACCAGUUGUUAUGUUUUGGUGGCCCAGGACAAUCUGCAAAAGCUCCUACUUCCAGUGGACUACAGCCAUACGAGAUUUAUGAACGUGCUGUUCUGUAAAUGACUUGUAGACAAAGAGGUUAUUGAAUCCUGGUGAUUUUUGUAGAGAACGCAGGGGUGGCCUAAAUGUUUUGGGCGGGCAAUUCUCGUAACUGGAAAUUGGCUCACCAUGACAUGUUUUGCUUUAUAUGUAGAAGAAUUUGGUCGAUGAAGAAGUAGUUUCUCGCUGGUUUUAGGCCCUGAUCCAGGAAAAAAAAUAGUGUACAUUCUUCUGUGCCUUUAAAUGUAUUCUGUUUGUUUUAAGAAGGUAAUGUAAACAUGCUUUGCUUGAUUUGCUGAUUCUGUUCAUAUAAGAGGCUCUGCGUGAAAUUU